AUGGCUAUGAAAGAACCUAUUAUGAAAGAAAUAGCAAACAUGAAGAAGUUGGCAAGUUUCAAGGUCACUGAAUUGGUUGAAGAUAUUCCAGAGUUUUCCUUUGAUGUUAGCAGUGUUCAGCUAUGUUCUAUUACUAAAUUUAAUGUCAGUGAAGGAAGGAUUCACCGUGGAGCAUGGCUAUCAAACAAAACAUUCAUAUUUUCUGAUGGACAGAAAGGGAGAUUUUGUUAUGGAAAACUCUCUAAAAAGGAAUGGAAAUUGAUUGGAAUUCAAGAACCAUUGCAGAAUCCAUACGGCAUAUUGCCUGAUGGAGAUGACUUGUUUGUUGCAUGUGUUGAUUCACAAUCCAUUGAUGUGUUUUCUGUAUUUGAUUUCACGAUUUCAAGAACCAUAUACCUUGGAUUUGACACUUUUGGUAUUUCAAGGUUGAAAGAGUAUUUUUACUUGGCCUUUGGCAGCAAGAUUGUUAAAAUUGACAAUGUGGGUAACAAAAUAAAGUCUUUUAAGACAACAGGCUCAAGUGCUUCCAAUAUUCUUACUACAAAGUCUGGAUUUAUUGUGUACACUGACUGGAAGAUUGACAAAGUAAGUGCCAUAACUGACCAAUGGGAAUCCGUCUGGGAAUAUACAAGUCCUGAUCUGAAAAGUCCAUAUGGACUUGAGAGCGAUUCACAAGGAAACAUAUAUGUUACUGGAAUGCAUAGUCAUAAUAUCCAUGUGUUAUCAAAUGAUGGUGAACUAAUUAGGAUAUUUGGCAAUCUCAACAAUCCAGUUUUUGUGAAAAUUGCCAAGAAAAAUAAUGUUUGUUGCAUAUGUAGCAAUUAUGAAACCCUCACAUUUUAUGCAAUGAAAUGA